AUGCCUCAUUCCACUGAAAACACCAUUGCCGCUGAACAACCCGUCGAAGACAAGUUGCCCGAGAUCGUCACUCAUCCUGUUCCUAGUCGUCUUUUGGACAGCAAGCAAUGUCCCACUCCUCAUGUCAGCUCGAUGGAGCAAUACCGUUCAAUGUGGAAGGAGAGUGUUGAAGAGCCCAACAAGUUUUUCGGCAAUCUCGCUCGCGAUCUCUUGUCUUGGGAUAAGCCUUUCGAAACUGUCAGCCAUGGAUCUUUUGAAAAUGGUGAUGUAGCAUGGUUUUUGGAGGGUGAACUGAACGCUUGUUACAAUGCUGUUGAUCGUCAUGCUCUCAAGAACCCUGACAAGAUUGCCAUCAUUCACGAAGGUGAUGAGCCUGCUGAUGUCCGUCAUAUUAGUUAUGGUGAGCUUUUGCGUGAUGUGUGUCGUAUGGCCAAUGUCCUCAAGGGCCUUGGUGUUCGUAAGGGCGAUAAUGUCGCCAUUUACAUGCCCAUGAUUCCAGAGACCAUGAUUGCCAUCUUGGCUUGUGCUCGUAUUGGUGCUAUUCAUUCUGUCGUCUUUGCUGGUUUCUCUGCUGAGUCCCUCUUGGACCGUGUCGCUGAUUGUGGUGCUCACAUUGUGAUUACUUCUGAUGAAGGUCGUCGUGGUGGCCGUAACAUUGCUACAAAGUCUAUUGUCGAUAACGCCUUGGCCAAGGAGGAGGCUCAUCAAGUAGAACAUGUCAUUGUCUAUCAACGCACUGGUACAGGUGUCCCCAUGAUGGAGAACCGUGAUCUUUGGUGGCAUGAGGAGAUGGAGAAGGCUCGCCCUGUCUGCUCCUAUGAAAAGAUGAGCGCUGAGGACCCCCUUUUCUUGCUCUAUACUUCUGGCUCCACUGGUGCUCCCAAGGGCAUUGUUCACACUACAGGUGGUUACCUCUUCGGCGCUGCUGCCACCGUCAAGUACAUCUUUGAUGUUCACGAGAAUGAUGUUUAUGCUUGUAUGGCUGAUAUUGGAUGGGUUACUGGCCACACCUACAUUUUAUAUGGCCCUCUCACUCUUGGUGUCACUACUGUCUUAUUUGAAAGUACUCCUACCUAUCCUACUCCUGCCCGUUUCUGGGAAUUGAUCGACAAGCACAAGGUUACUCAAUUCUACACUGCUCCUACUGCUAUUCGUGCUCUUCAACGUCUUGGUGACCAAUGGGUCGAUGAGUGUGAUCUCUCUAGUCUUCGUGUCAUUGGUUCUGUUGGUGAGCCCAUCAACCCUGAAGCUUGGAAUUGGUAUAAUGAAAAGGUCGGUAAGGGUCGUUGUGCUGUCGUGGAUACCUACUGGCAAACCGAGACUGGUUCCAUCAUCAUCAGUCCUUUGCCUGGUUGUACUCCUACCAAGGCUGGUUCUGCCACUCUUCCUUUCUUUGGCAUUCAACCUGUCUUGUUGGAUCCUGCUACUGGUGCCAAGAUUGACAAGGUGGAUGAAACUGGUGUCUUGGCCAUCAAGAGCCCUUGGCCCUCUAUGGCUCGUUCCAUCUAUCAGAACCACUCUCGUUUCCUUGACACCUACGUAAAGGCUUACCCUGGCCACUAUUUCACUGGUGAUGGUGCUUCUAUGGAUAAGGAUGGUUACAUUUGGAUCCGCGGUCGUGUCGAUGAUGUAAUCAAUGUUUCUGGCCAUCGUCUCUCCACCGCCGAGAUCGAGUCUGCUCUUUCCAGCCAUAACUCUGUAUCCGAAUCCGCUGUCGUUGGUGCCCAUGAUGACUUGACUGGACAAGCUAUUCAUGCAUUCGUAAGCUUGAAGCCUCAUGCCAAUGUCAGCGAUGGCCUUGAUCGUGAGUUGGUCUUGACUGUUCGUAAGAUCAUUGGUCCCUUUGCUGCUCCCAAGCGUAUCCACAUUGUCCGUGAGCAUCCCAAGACUCGUUCUGGUAAGAUUGUCCGUCGUAUUCUUCGCAAGAUUGUCAAUGGCGAGCACAACCAGCUGGGCGAUAUUUCCACUUUGGCUGAUCCUUCUGUCAUUCCCUCCAUUGUAUCUCAAGUACACCAAUAA